AGAAGGCAGUAAUGCAGCCAGCGACCUAAACACCACCGAAGAAGAAAAGAAAAAGAGUUACCUCUGGCACGCACUUUUACAAACACAGACACGUGUUGACAGCUGUCGAAGAGACGGAGAUAGUAACUGGGAAAGUUGACUCGGAACGAGAAGGAUUUCUCCUCUUCCUCCCAGAGAGCAACUGUAGAGGCGAUGGAUCACGGCGUGGCUGACCUCCCCAGGGGCCCGCUGGACCUCUACAGGCACAAAGCUUCCUUCAACUGGAAGGACAUGCUCCUCUUCCUCGAGGGAGAGGACAUCAUGGCGUUCAAGCGGCAGGUGUUUACUGCGCUGGAGGGCGACCCCGUGUUCGCCCGUCAGCCCGGGGAAGACGUCCCUCUGGAGAAGAUGAGGGAGCUGACCUUCCUCAGGGUGAAGCAGCUCUUCCGCUACGACUUCCUGCCGACGGACGAGAUGAUGGAGAACCCGUGGAAGGGCGUGGUGUUCAAUGACUGUCUGGGCAUGUACGACUGGGCCAUGUCGGCCAAGUACUUCCUCAACAAAGCCAUGUUCGGAGCGACUGUUGCCAGCACGGGAUCGGGAAGACACAUGAAGUUUGUCGAAAAUAUCGAAAACAUGACGACGUUCGGUUGCUUCGCACUGACCGAGCUGAGCCACGGCAGCAACACCAGAGCCAUGAGGACCACGGCAACGUAUGACCCCGCCACGCAGGAGUUUGUGAUCAACUCUCCGGACUUCGAGGCCGCCAAGUUCUGGGUGGGGAACCUCGGCAAGACGGCGACUCACACCUUGCUGUUCGCUCAGCUCUACACGCCGGACCGGGCGUGCCACGGCCUGCACUCCUUCGUCGUGCCGGUGAGAGAUCCCAAGACGCUGCUGGCUCUGCCUGGGGUGCUGGUGGGAGACAUGGGCAAGAAGCUGGGUCAGAACGGACUGGACAACGGCUUCGCCGUGUUUCACAACGUGAGGAUCCCUCGGGAGAAUCUGCUGAACAAGACUGGAGACGUCACCCCCGAUGGCCGCUACGUGACUCCAUUCAAGGAUCCCAACAAGCGUUUCGGGGAGUCUCUCGGGGCCCUGUCGGGGGGGCGGUUGUCCAUCACCAGGAUGGCGCAGGUCAACCUGAAGCUGGCUCUGAUCGUCGCCAUACGCUUCUCCGCCACCAGGAGGCAGUUCGGACCCCAAAACACGGAGGAGAUCCCAGUGUUGGAGUACCAGUUACAGCAAUGGCGUCUGAUCCCGUACCUCGCAGCAGCUUACGCUCUGGACCAUUUCUCCAAAUCUCUCUUCAUGAACUUCAUCGAGUUUCAGCUCGGACAGAUGAUGAAGGAGAAGAGUGAGAGACAAGCGGACAUGGGCAGGGAGAUCCACGCCAUGGGCUGCUCCAGUAAGCCUCUGUGCUCGUGGACCGCUCAGAGGGGGAUCCAGGAGUGCAGGGAGGCGUGCGGUGGACACGGAUACCUGGCCAUGAACCGGUUGGGCGAUCUGCGUAAUGACAACGAUCCAAACUGCACGUACGAAGGAGACAACAACGUGUUGCUGCAGCAGACCAGCAACUACCUGCUGAGCUGGCUGCACAACAAGCACAGAGACGGCGUGCGGAUCGAGUCUCCAUUCCACACGGUGGACUUCCUGGACCACUUCCACCAGAUCCUGGAAACCAAGUUCACAGCAACAACCACGGAGCAGUGCAUGGACUCUGCAGUGCCGCUGGCAGCUUAUAAGUGGCUGGUGUGUUUCCUGCUGGAAGAGAGCCGGAGGAGGCUUGAAGAGCAGAGGGCGCAGGGGAAGGACGACUUUGAGGCCCGCAACAGCAGCCAGGUUUACUACUGCCGCUCCCUGGCCAUCGCCUACAUCGAGCUCAACUGCCUCCAGAGGUUUGCUGCCCAGGUCUCUGCUGAGGACACACCGGCUGGUCUCAGACCAGUGCUGAGCCAGCUGUGUGCGCUGUACGGGCUGUGGAGCCUCAGCAGCCACAUGGCCACACUGUACCAGGGUGGGUACCUGAGUGGGAGGAAGCCCAACGAGUUGGUCCAGAUGGCCAUUCUCGCUCUCUGCUCCCAGUUGAAGGACGACGCCGUAGCGUUGGUGGAUGUUUUUGCACCUCCGGAUUUCAUUCUCAACUCGCCCAUCGGCAACGCAGAUGGACAGCUCUACAAGAACCUGUGGGCGACGGUCAUGCAGGGCGACAAGGUUCUGGAGCGGCCGUCCUGGUGGAAAGAGUUCAGCUCAGACAAGCCGGUGGUCGGAUCCCUGCGGCCCAAACUCUAGAGUCCACUUGGACCACAACCCUGGAUUACGUGUCCCGGGGAGUCUGGGGGGUGAAUGUGCGUGUGUGGCCUUAAAUAACUGCACGUUAAAAAUGUAAUUUAUAUACUUCGUGAUGAUUAUUCUUGGUUGGGGUUCAUUUUUCACUAGAUGAAUUCAGGAUUUGACUUUAAAUCAUGUUGUAUACAAAUUUUAGUAAUUAAAGGAUAUAUUUGAAACUUUUAAUAUCAGUUUUAAAGAGAAAAUAAUCCAGUUCUUCAUAAUGUAAACCAACCCUCGUCUUCCCAACGAUGACUAACCAAGAAGACUGCAAAUCAUUUGACACAUUUAGUCAAAUGAUAACUGAUAACCCAAUGGACAACUUUUAGGUUUUCAGUUGAUGCCACACUUCGUCGAAUUGAUUUGUGUUCCACAGAAAGACUUUCAUCUGCUUUAUUAAACUCUGAUUGUGGGAUUAUACAGGGGAAUACAUACGUUGCCACAUUUGUCCUUACCUCGUCAAUAAUGCCAUUCCUUGGAAAAAUAUCAUUUAAAAAUGUGUUUCCACAUGUAAUGAAAUAUGUAAUAAUUAUUCUGUAAAUUGGGUAGAUGCAUUAUUAAUGUUUAUAUUUAACACUAUGCCAAAUAAAUAUAGUUAAUAACA